CCACAGCUAGAUUCUCGGAAAAGCUGGUCAGAAAAAAGCUGAACCAAACAGGCCCUCUCCUCUCACCUGUCGAGUCAAAUGUACAAGUGUCCAGUACGUUAGAGCAUAUCGAGAACUCAGUCGCGCCCGACAAGAUUUGACGCGAUUCAAAGGCCUGAACUAGUUUUAGAGUCGAGGCCUGAUCGCUCCUGUCGACUUUGGGAUUAGGCCUGGCUUGGCCCGUUUCCGUGCUCGGUCGGAUUUUGGUGCCGAGUAUGACCUAGCCCAACAAGACUACAUGCAUUCAAGCCUUUUUAAUUUGACUGCUCAUGCCGUGGAGAUAGCGCACUUUGCUAUCCUCAGUAAUCGAGUACAAUAGAGAUUUGCGUCUGCAUACACAUCGAAGUUUAAAAUAAAGGAUAAAACAGAAGACGACAUAAAAUAACUGCUGGAGACAAACUAAGAGUGAAUUUAGUUGGAAUUUGUCGUAGAACAAUUGUAGUCUACGAGCAUCUUUAACAUGAGUCCUGAACAAGAUUGUAUUUUAAAAUAUAGGACUAACGUCAAAUAGACUCAUCAAAAUUUAUUAAUAUUAACAAUUAUAGAACUCAGACUCUCGAGUCAUAAAUAUAAGACCACAUAUGCUAGAACUUGAUCCCAUUUUGUACACUUUCUAGCUUUAUUUUUUAAAUAGCAUGGCCUAUUUUUUAAUAACAUGAUAUUGGACUUAACUGUUAGAGCUACAAUUAUUUUGGUGUCCCUACUCAGGUCAUGUUUUAAUUUUUAUGACUUAAACAUAGGGCUUUUUGUUGAAGAUGCUCUAGGAUUCACUAUAAAAACUAUUUAGAGUACACAGUACCUCUAGAUCGUACCUCUAGAUCCUUACAUGAAUAUUUAAGUUGAAGUAAACUGUUUUGUUCUUGUUAGGAUAUACUCAGCAGCAGGGGCGGACCCACAGGGGGGUCCGGGUGGGCCCUGGCACACCCUAAGCCAGGCCCAUCGGAGACCCCACCCGUUCAUCUGCCGAGCGCUGAAGGCCGUUUCAACUUCCCGAUCCUUCAGCUUCCAGUUCCCAGAAUCACGAGUGCGGCUGUUCCUGGCGACUGGCGACUGGCGACCUCAACCUGGCUGGCGAGCGCGCGUUGCGCGGUUGGACGGCUGUCUGCAGGUGGCCUGGCUUUCUGUUCCUGACGAGCACCUGGCUUCCUGUUCCUGACGAGCGCGCGGCUGUAGUGCUGUGGCGAGCGGCCGAGCGGGUGCCUGCUCUGCUCUUCGAUUGCUGCUGUGAUAAAAUAUGAAGAAGCAAGGAGAUAUUGCCUCUCUUUUUCGUAAUCAUGCUGCAAAAAAACAGAAGUUUAUUGCUUCUUCAUUAUCUCCGGAUGUUACUCAAGCGUCGACACCUCAAGAACAAGAGAAAGAAAGAAUAAAUGAAGAAAUUGUGAAUCCAAUGCCAUCUGCACCGCCACCGCCAACACUUUAUGAUGUCAGUCGUCUUCCACAUGAUCCAGGUGAAAGACAACCUAUUGCAAGUUACCAUGCUAAUGAUCAUGAUGCAAUUCGAAGAGCAUAUAUUCUUAGAGGUCCAUUUCAACCAUAUGCACAUGAAUUCCCAAAUAGGAAAAUUGGAGAUAGAGAUCGCCAUUUUAAUUUUGUGUGGUUUCAAAAUUUUCCUUGGAUUGAAUAUAGUGUCAAGAAAGAUGCUGCAUUUUGCUUUAUGUGCUACUUAUUCAAAAGUAAAGCAAAUAAGGGCAAAGGUACUUCUGCAUUUACUUCAGAUGGUUGGAAUAAUUGGAAUAAAGGGUCUGAAGCACUUCUAAAACAUGUGGGUUCUAUGUCACAUAAGAUAGCCGAAGAGAAAUAUCUUGGCUUUAUAAAUCCUAAUGCAGCAAUUGAUAACAAAAUUGAGAAGUGGAGUGAUGAUGAUCGCAAUCUUUAUAAGAUAAGGUUGACAUAUUCACCUCGAUGUUUGAAGUUUCUUUUGCAUCAAGGAUUGUCAUUUCGUGGACAUGAUGAAGGUGAAGAGUCUAGCAACAGAGGAAACUUUAUUGAAAUCUUGAAAUUUCUUGCUGUAAAUAGUGAAGAGGUCAACAAGUAUGUUCUUAACAACGCUCCAGGUAAUUGCACUUUGACUAGCCCAAAGAUACAAAAGCAGAUUAUUCAGUGUUGCGCUAUAGAAACUAGAAAGAAAAUAAUUGAAGAGCUUGGGGAAGAGCCAUUUGCAAUUUUAGCAGAUGAGUCUAGUGACAUAUCACACAAAGAACAACUAGCUCUUUGCUUGCGUUAUGUUGAUGCAUUGGGAAGGCCAUGUGAGCACUUUAUUGGAGUUGUUCAUGUAGAUGAUACUAGCUCUUUAUCACUUAAGGAUGCAAUUGAAGCUUUACUUGUUAGUCAUGGCUUGACUUUGACACAAAUUCGUGGACAAGGUUAUGAUGGGGCUAGCAACAUGAGAGGUGAUAUUAAAGGAUUGAAAACAUUGAUCAUGCAAGAGUCACCUUCUGCUUAUUAUAUCCAUUGUUUUGCACAUCAGCUCCAACUAGUUCUUGUUGUUGUUGCCAAGGGAAAUAAUGAUUGUGUGUGGUUUUUUGAUCAAGUAACUCUCUUAUUGAAUAUUGUUGGAGUUUCUUGUAAGCGUCAUGGUAUGCUUCGAGAUGCUAGACUUGAGAAUCUCAUGAAAUCACUUGAAUGUGGUGACCUUGGAACUGGGAGAGGAUUGAAUCAAGAGAUGGGGUUGCCUAGGCCUGGUGAGACUCGAUGGGGCUCUUAUUACAAAACUAUAUGCAACAUAAUUACUAUGUAUCCUGUAAUCCGAGAUGUUCUCAUGAUUCUUGGAGAGGAUACUACAAUUAGAAGUGAUUGGACAAGAAUACAUUCUAUGCUUGGAGCAUUUGAGUCAUUUGACUUUGUUUUUGAUGCACACUUAAUGUUUGUUAUUCUUGGAUAUACAAAUGAUUUAUCAGUGUGUUUGCAAAGAAGGGAACAAGAUAUUAUCAAUGCAAUUUCACUUGUUAAUGUGGCAAAGAGAAGAAUGCAACAAUUAAGGCUUGAUGGUUGGGAUCAAUUCCUUCAAAGAAUCACUUCAUUUUGCAACAAACAUGAUAUCCAAGUUCCUGCUAUGGAUGGAAAUUAUAAGCCUUAUGGAAGAUCAUCACGAUUUGUUCAUAACCAAACUAAUGAUGACCACUUCAGAAGAGAAGUAUAUAUUGGGGUCAUUGAUCAAAUUAGCCUAGAGCUUGAUAGUCGGUUUAGUGAGGCUAAUAUGGAGCUGCUUUCUUGUAUGUCAGCCUUGGAUCCUUCCAACUCUUUUGCUUCUUUUGAUGCACACAAGGUACGAAAGCUAGCUGAUUUUUAUCCUAAUGACAUGUCAAGCACUAACUUGUUAAAACUUGACUUGCAACUUGACAAUUAUAUUGAUGGCAUAAGAGAAGAUGAUAGAUUCAAAGACAUAACUAAUCUUGUGGACCUCUCGGUUAAGCUUGUUGAAACAAAGAGACAUAAGGUGUUUGAUAUGGUUUAUUUGCUUCUCAAAUUGGUAUUGCUUUUGCCGGUGGCGACAGCAAGUGUUGAAAGGGCAUUUUCUGCAAUGAGUUUGGUGAAGACUAAAUUGAGAAACAAGAUGUGUGAUAGUCUUUUGGAUGAUUGUCUUGUUACAUACAUCGAGAGGGAUAUUUUCUUCGAAGUGAAUGAAGAAGAUAUAAUUGAAACUUUUAUGGCGUUGAGGAAGCGCAUGCCAGAUAAGUAGUAUUAUUGCAAUUUUUAUGCUUAAUGUAUGCAAUUUUUAUGCUUAAUGUAUGCAAUUUUCAUGCUUAUUUGUUGAGUGUCAAACUUUAUAUCUAUAUAUCAAAUUGUUUACCAAAUUUACUAUGAAAUUAUAUGUACAUUAAA